CAUCGCUCCGCAGCAGCACUGAGGGACAACUGCCCCCCGCGCGCCUCAUCAUCCUCCUCUCCUUCGCUUCGUCUCUCUCUUCCUUCGUCCUCCUCUCACUCAUCUCGCCCCGAAGAUGUUGCCGUCGGUCCGAGCGCUGUGGAACCUGAAGGAUGGGCUCGUAGUGCUGCUCACCCCGCUCGUCUUCCUGCCUCUGCCGCUCGUCAUCGGCACCACGGAGGCGGGCUGCGCUUAUGUCAUUGCGGUGAUGGCCGUGUUCUGGUGCCUGGAGACUUUGCCGCUGGCCGUCACCGCGCUGCUGCCUGCGGUACUUUUCCCCAUGCUCAGCAUCAUGGAGUCCAAAGAGGUGUGUGUGCAAUACAUGAACGACACCAACAUGCUGUUUGUGGGGGGGCUGAUGAUGGCUGUGGCGGUGGAACACUGGAACUUACACACGCGGAUCGCCCUACGGUUUCUACUUCUCGUGGGGGUGCGGCCGGCACUACUGAUGCUGGGCUUCAUGAGUGUGACAGCCUUCCUGUCUAUGUGGAUCAGCAAUACCGCCACUACAGCCAUGAUGGUGCCCAUUGUGCAGGCAGUUUUGAACCAGCUCAGCAAUACCCAAGUGCAGCAGAGCCACAUUCAUAGCAACGAGGACCAGACCUGGCCCUCUGAAAGUGAGGAUAAGCAGUCCGACAGGCAUGUGGUGGUGAGAACCCUCACUAUGGCCGAAGAGGAGGCGGCGCAACGUAAAGAGGCGGAGGAGCGGAUGAAGAUGUGCAAAGGCCUGACGUUGUCCAUCUGUUACGCAGCCAGCAUUGGAGGCACCGCCACCCUCACCGGCACCGGGCCCAAUCUGGUGCUGAAAGGCCAGAUGAACCAGCUCUUCCCCCAGAAUGGCGAUGUCAUCAACUUUGCAUCGUGGUUCGGCUUUGCCUUUCCCAACAUGAUAUUGAUGCUGAUGUUAGCGUGGCUCUGGCUCCAGUUGGUGUUUAUGGGGACCAACUUCAGGAAGACGUGGGGCUGUGGAACGGGGAAGUCAGAGAAGGAGAUUGCAGCCUUCAACGUGAUUCGUGACGCACACAAAGUGCUGGGCUCCAUGUGCUUCGGGGAGAUGAGCGUGCUGGCCCUCUUCACUCUGCAGGUGCUGUUGUGGUUCACCCGAGACCCGGGCUUUAUGGCCGGCUGGGCAGCGUACCUCUUCAACUCCAGUGCAGAAUAUGUGACCGAUGCAACGGUAGCAAUCUUUGUUGCCUUGCUGCUCUUCAUCUUCCCUUCCAAAGUUCCCCACUUCCGCUUCUGGAGGUUAGAGAGCACAAAUACAGAUUCUCAGAGCUCCAAGGGUCCUUCCCCAGCAUUACUCACAUGGAAGGUGGCCCAAAAGAAGAUGCCCUGGAACAUUGUGCUGCUGCUGGGUGGCGGGUUUGCCCUGGCCAAGGGCAGUGAGGAGUCAGGCCUGUCCAAGUGGCUAGGGAACCAGAUGACCCCCCUACAUGCCAUCCCACCAUGGGCCAUCGCCAUCGUGCUGUGUAUGCUCAUUGGAAUCUUCACCGAGUGCACCAGUAACGUGGCCACCGCCACACUUUUCCUACCCAUCCUGGCUUCCAUGGCUCAGUCUAUUGGAGUGAACCCGCUGUACGUCAUGAUCCCCUGCACAUUAAGCGCUUCCUUUGCCUUCAUGCUUCCGGUGGCUACCCCCCCAAAUGCCAUUGUCUUCUCUUACGGCUACUUGAAGGUGUCUGAUAUGGCCAAGAUGGGCGUGGUCAUGAACAUCAUCGGCAUCCUGUGUAUCACCUUGGCCAUCAAUACAUGGGGCAAGGCCAUGUUCCAUCUGGACUCGUUCCCCUCCUGGGCCAACAAUACAGGGGUGUGACGAAGGACGGGACUGUUCCCACUAAUUACACAGUCCCUGACUGAGAGAGCGAGAGACAGCGGCCAAAUUAGAAUUCUUUUUACAAUUCCUACUGCUUCUAGAAUGUUUCAAACUUCUCAGGUUUGGUAAUGAUGCCUGGUACAGCCAGCACUGCCAGGUGACCCUGGAGCGCCGGGCCAACAGCUGUAUGCCGUAAACACUGUGACACUUCUUGUGGGCAGGGACAGAAGAGCAGAAGAGAGGGCUAUUGAUCACUAAGUACUGUCAAGGGUAGUGACCGGCGGUGCGACGGCAGGCUGAUGCUUUGCACAAGACGUAUUUCCCCUCCCGGGCUGUGGAAGCUGUUCGGCUUUCUUAUGGCUGAGCUCGGACUUGGUUGCUGUACUUUACGGUGUUGAGAUAUUCAGCAAAGGUUCCCACGAGAACCCUCGAAAAUUAAUUUCCAUUUUACAGAAAAACUUAAACACUGGUCCCAAGGAUAUUAGUAUGCUUAUAAAUGUAAAAAGGACUACUCGAAAAACCCGAUUGACACGUUAUGUCAAAAUGAUCACGUCUCCCUUUAAGAGCACAUUAGGAGGUAUUGUAAAAUAGAGUCACCAACUUUAAUGCCUUGUAGUCAAUUAUUAAAAGCAAUAAGCUGCAGUGCAGGCAGAGAUGUGUGAGGAGCACAACUCUGCGGUAGUCAGGGAGGCCCCACCAAGUCGCGACAGCCACGUAUCGAUUCAGAACCGCAAAAAAAAAGCAUUGUUUUGCAUCCCACAUAUCAUUUUGAUUGUUAAAAAUAUAUUUCAUUGUAUUAUUUCUUUGUAUGAAGUUAUUGUAAAUCAUGUUUUGUAUAUUCCACAGAAUAUGAAUGCAAUAUAUUUACAUUAAAGUGUAAUA